AUGGGUGACGGCCGGUACUCAUGGCUGAACAUGCCGUCUGGGCGGGCGGCACACUUGCUGGACGAGGAGGACGAGCGGCUCGGAUGGGACUUGCCGGACGAUGACAUCCAGGUUCCGGUUCACUUGCUCCCUCCAUAUCAGGACGAGGACGACGAGACGGUCCUCCCGUCGCAAGCCCACCCUUCCUGGCCCUACGGCAACCCCUACAAGCCCAACCUCCUCACUUCCCCUUCCCGGCGCUCGAAAGCGACCUCGGCCAACCCCUCAUCCCUCUUCACCCCCUCGACACACGCAACAUCGCUCUCGACGACCCUCCCGACUCUCGAGCUACGCGACCUCUUCCUCCGAACGACGUUUGGCGAUGCGGCGGAUCGACAGUGGGACGAGAUGUACCUGCCUGGGCUGUUUGGGCGACGGACGAGGCUAGAGGAAGAGGAGGACGACGAGGAGCGGGAUGCGAUUCACAAUGCGCACGGGGACGCGGGUCCACCGGCGGGUCAGAAUGCGGCUGACGACGAGGAGGGCGCGGGGAGCGAUGUCGAGGAGGGUGCGAGGAUGGACGAGGAGGGACAGCAGGAGCAGGGACUCGAGGGGAUCCAGUAG